CUUCAGCUAAGCCAUGACCAUCCUUCCGAUUGUAAAAUUAGAAAAGGAAGAAGAAAAAGGGCCAGAUGAGACCCCGCCUGCCCCAGAUACUCCACUUUCUCCUAACAGAUUCGGUAGCUCAUCUCCCAGUCCAUCAAGUUCAGCUUUCUUUCCACCCCCUCGGACACCACCAUCGCCUCCCAGAGACCGAGAAAAACCUUUCAUCGCAGAGAACUGGGAGGUAGAGCGGCGCGAUAAUGGUAGACGCCGAAGAAGAGUAGUAGGAACUACACGCACUACAACCCCACGCAGCCCUGUCGUUGAUACCAGAGAGAGAAACAACAGUGAUGAUGAAUACGACGUCAGCUCUGUCUACGAUUGCCAUAAAGAGAGGAUGUAUGAGAAGCUGCUGAAAGAAAAUAAAGGGCUGAUAAUAAAACGUUGCACUGACGACGGGGCUUGCCUGUUCAGAUCAGUUGCUGACCAGCUAUACGGUGACCAGGAAAUGCACGGUGUAGUGCGAAUAAAGUGUAUGGACUACAUGGUGAAGAACCGAGACUACUUCUCUCAAUUCGUAACGGAGGAUUACAUGUCCUACAUCAACCGUAAGAGACAGGACAACUGUUAUGGGAACCAGUUGGAGAUGCAGGCUAUGUCUGAGAUGUACAAUCGUCCUAUUGAAGUUUAUAUCUAUAGUAUAGAGCCGGUUAACACACUAGGUUACCACCUCAAGACAGACUACCCCCCAAUCAGACUGUCAUACCACUGUAACUGUCACUACAACAGUGUCAGGGACCCCUAUGAGCCUAGUAUUGGGGUCGGCCUGGGUCUUCCUGGCUACAAACCUGGGCUACCAGAUCAACAGCUGCUACAAGAGGGGUUAACAAAGUCUGAAGCGGAUGAUAUAGAGCGGAUAAUGAUGCAAGAUAAACUAGAGAGUACUGAUAUGGAGGCAACAGCGGACGCGAUAACAGCAGCGAUAGCACGUGAGAGUUACAUGGAGUGGGUGAAACAGAACGAGCGAGGCUCAGCCGAAACCGGCCCCUCUGGAUCGAGUGUGGCAGGGUCGAGUGCUGCACUCGAAGGAGCGCCCGGUCACUCCGGAUACAGUGGUACUGCUGCCUGCAGCUCCAGCGAGCAGGGUCCAAGUAGCAGUAGUAGUAGCAGCGGGACGAACCAAGCAGCCCCAAACAGAACACCGCCCCACAGUUCCACCUCCAUACCCACCGACUCUACUCCCUUGCACACCUUAUAUCCUGUUUACGGUCUCGACGAAUACGACGAAGAAAAGAUGCUGGAAGCCGCACUCGCUUUAAGUCGGGCAGAGUACGUAAACAAGAUGCAAAGACAUUAACCAGCGCUUUUAAAGCCCCCAGAAAUUAGUUACAUGCGCCACCUCCAAAAUAGUAGUUUAAUUCAUAGUAUCGGCGCUUGGGGUGUGGUCAGAUGGAUUUGAGUUUUAGCUCAAUCAGUCGAUCCGUACCCUUAUUAAGGACGAAGUUAAUGCCUAGCUUGUUGAAGUACUAAAAUUUGAGGGGUUUCAUCACGGUAGCUACUGAUGAAUUGCGCUAAAUCUUAGCUUUCUGGAUAUAAUUGUGGUGUCAUAGUACAUAGUAUGUGUUAUCUGUUACUAGAUGAUGUUUUGGAGUUUUGUAUCCUAAUUUAUUUGUACCAUGCCUAAUACUUGCACUACGCCCACAAGCUGCGUAUGUUUUGAUUGUAUAAUCUGAGUUUUGUAGAUGCUCUGGAUUUAAAUUUCAAUUAUUUAGAGAGAUGCGAGAAAGAGCUCGUUUUAGGACAAUUUUAUUGAAUUUCAGUUAGCUACUUUUUAAUGCACUAUCAGAUACGAGGGCUCGUGUAUUAUAAUUGUGUAAAUUUAACUGGAGUUUUAACUGGAAGUGUGCACAUUUUCGUGCCGGCGUAUGGCAGAAAUGAGCGUCCAUUUGAUUCAUACUGUAUUAUUGAAUAACAAUGCAGCUUCAUAGAAUUGGUGUUGAACCAAAACGAGCGUUCAUACCCCUUCCAGAAAAUGGAGAGUAGCUCAUGUUAGAAAGAGUCCUCCACUCUAAAUGUGUAUCGAAGCUUCAUCAGAGGCAUUAAUAAUUGUUGUUGUUGAUGAAUAAUAAUAAAUAAUCAACUGAUUUAAGAAAUUGAAAAAGAAUCUUUAAGAGUGACCCUGUAGACUUUUGUUGGGUCAUCUUAGUAGACAGGUUUUGAUUGUUCAUUUGUUAUAUUGGCCAUGGAUUUUAUAAUGGCUAGUUUAUAAUUGCUCUAGAUUUUAGAAUUAUGCCACAUUGGGAUUCCGAUAAUAAGUGCCUCUGCACGAUAUUAAUAAGUGUAAUAGAUUUGUUACAACUAAAUCGUUUAAGAAGUUAUUUAUAAAAGAA